GCGGACUGAUCACGGUCAGAGUUCAUGGCGAGUAUGUCUUGUCUUUGGAGGCUGGCUAGGAAGACUGGUAAGUUUGCGGAGGACGGUGCUCACAACCGCGAUGUUUAUAGUAUUUAGGGCGCACCGACAUGUUCGGAUGCUGAGGGAGGGUACAACGCCCCCCGGGCGAUAUUCAACGCCUUUCCGUUCAUAUCAGGCGUCCUGUCAGCCACAAGGUGGAAUAUUGGGGCUCAAUCGGAAGUAUGUGUGAGCAGAGCUGGUGGAUUAUAUAUCGUCGCUCCGAGGUCGAAGGUGUCCGAGUUACCGUAAUUUGGUGGUGGAUUGCUGAUAUAAGGGGGCACUGCCAGGGAUUGGGGCGGUUUCCUGCGCAGCCAAGCGCUCCUAGAUGCUCGGUUGCCGCUAACGCUUGCGAUCUCCGCGGUAUGGGUUCGCUGACCGAUUGCACAAAGAAUACCGCGGAUUGCGAACUAAAUAUUGCCUCGACUGGCCUAGGGAUGGACACUAGAACAGAGAAUCGAUCGCGGCUCGUCACCGCGCGGGUAUGCCAGGAGUAG